AUGUCUAUUCAACAACCAUCAACAACACCAGUUCCAAUUCAAGAUUUAACUAAAUUAUCAAUUCCAACAUUACCAAGUGUAACUCCACAACCACCAAAACAAAAUUCAUUAUGGUCAUCAAAUCCAGUUUUUUCAUAUUUAAAUGAUGUAUAUUUAACAAUAAGUGAACAUAGAAAAAAUUUAGGAUUAACUAAUCCAGGUACAAUAGAAAAUUUAAAUAAAGAAGUUAGUAGAGAUGUAUUUUUAAAUCAAUAUUUUUUUACUGGUUUAAGAGCUGAUUUAAAUAAAGCAUUUUCAAUAAAUCCUGCUUUUCAAACUUCUCAUACUUUAAGUAUGGGAUCACAAGUUUUACCACCAUAUGCUUUUAGUGCAUUAUUUGCUGCUGAAGAUUUUUUUUUACAAGGUAAUAUUGAUAAUGAUUUUAGUUUUAGUGGUAGAAUUAAUUAUGGUUGGGAUAAAUUUAAUAUUUCUAAAAUUACUUUACAAUUAGCUCAAUCUCAACCUUCAAUGGUUCAAUUAGAACAAGAUUAUCAAGGUAAUGAUUUUUCAAUAAAUUUAAAAACUUUAAAUCCAAAUUUUAUUUAUGAUGGUUUUUCAGGAGUUGCUGUUGCUUCAUUAUUACAAAGUUUAACUUCAAAAUUUGCUUUAGGAUUAGAAGCAAUGUAUUCAAAACAACCAUUAGCUCCACCAGAUACUGCUGUUUCAUACGUUGCAAGAUAUAAUAAUGAUGGGAAAUGGAUUGCUUCUGCUCAAGUUCAAGCUCAAGGGGCAUUAAUUGCUUCAUUUUGGAGAAAAGUUAGUGAUAAAGUUGAAGCUGGUUUAGAAACUCAAAUUGCUGCUACUAUGAAACAAGUUGCAGAUCCAUUAAUGGGAGUUGGGUUUGAACCAGUUAUUGAAGGUACAACCACAAUUGGAGCAAAAUAUGAAUAUAGAACUGCAGUAUUUAGAGGUCAAUUAGAUUCCAAAGGAAAAGUAAGUGCAUUUUUAGAAAAAAGAAUUUUACCAACUGUUUCUGUAUUAUUUAGUGGAGAGAUUGAUCAAUUUAAAAAUACUUCAAGAUUAGGCUUAGGUUUACAAUUUGAAGCUGCUGGUAAUGAACAAUUAAUGAUGAUGCAACAAGGUUUAGUUGAUGCUAAUGGUAAUCCAAUCCAAGGUGUUACUGUUGUAUAA